GGCACAUGCCACCACUCCUGGCUAAUUUUCUCAUUUUUUGUAGAGAAUAGGUCUUGCUAUGUUGCCCAGGCCAGUCUUUAAAUCCUGCCUCAAGUAGUUCUCUCACCUUGGCCUCUCAAAGCACUGCAAUUAUAAGCAUUAUCCACAGGUGUUUUUAUAGUGCUUGCAUAAGUAAUCUUUCACUUCUCUGUUAAAAGGAGAAAGUGACUUUUAAGGCAGUUUAUGGGAAGAGAGAACUCAUGAUCAUACUGUGGCCACGUCAGUUAAGUUUUAAGCUCAAAAUGGGUUCUUCUUGGAAAAAGAAAUUUAUUUUCUUUUCCUCGUUGUAUCGCGAUACUAUCAAUUUAGCAUGUGCCAUAGAGAAUUCAAGUUGUCGUAGGUAUGUUGCAAUUUUUAUUUCUCAGGAGAGAGUGAAUUUCAGAUAUUUUUUGAAGGUGUUUUAAGGAUUAUAUACAUAUAUACAUAAGAAUGUCAUAAUAAGGUCAUGCCAUGGUGUUAGUUUUUCUCACACUUGUGGAGUGAAAUAUGUGGAUACCAUAUAUUAAAAAUAAUGGCAAAAACCGCAAUUACUUUUGCACCAACCUAAUACAAAGGUACAUUUAAAAACUGCUGAAGCCAAAGGACCAGCCAAGAGUUUAUCAGAUCUUAGGGAUCUAUUAAUGUUUUCUUCACAAAAUCCCAGGACCAGGAAAAGGAAAACAAUUGGGGCAAUCCCUUGUAGUUUUGUGUGUCAAGAUUUGACCUGUAUUCCAAGGAUCUUGAUUUUUAUUUCUAAUAAAAGAAAAAUGUUUUCUUCAUGAACCCACGGAAUCAUAUUGAUUCUGUAGCAUUGUUCUCCAUUUUCAAAUGAAGAAUAUUAGUGCCAGAAGUCAAAAUUGAGCUGCUUUUGUCCUCAGGUUGAACUUUCUUAGCUUGAAUAUGCCUAGAAAUUCAAUGCAAGAGUUUCAAGGGUAUAUGGCUGCUCAUGAUCAUUUUUUUCCCCUUGUAUUAAAGCAAGGAUAUGUCGCUAAUCUGCGUCCCACCACCCCAUGUCAUCUAUACAUUAAGUCCUACAUUUGGCUGUUGUGGGUAACCAUCCCUCGCUUGCUGUGGGUAGAAUUUUGCAAGGUUGCAGAGUAAGACCUGUCAGCUGACACUGGCUCACAUGAGAACCAUUAAGAGGGUGGUGUGGCCAAUGUCAGAACAACCUUGCAGCUGAAGGCAAGUCACUGCGUUGCCCAGAGCCAUGUGAAUAGGUCUUGUGACCAAUUAAUUGACUACUACAUAAUCUCCAGCUAGGGAGCACAGAUGGAGUGAGUCAGUCCAAGCUGCUCAACCUGUUAAGUGUCUUGUCUCUGCUAACUGGAGUAUAAGCUUAGGAACAAAAGUAGGACUUGUCUACGUUUGUAAUGGGAUUGCAGACAGCACAUUUUAUAAUGUAAUAGAUGGAUCUGACUUCCUAAAUUAUUGGCGGGGUUAAUUCACGUAACAAAUGAAUGUUCCACCUUUUUUUUUUUUUUUUUUUUUUAACUUUUGAAAGGGGAAAUUAGUACGCUGCUGCCAAUUAGCUUUUCUCACAUGCUGUGUAGCAAUGUAAUGAUUGUUUAGAACUGCCGGUCACUACGGAAUAUUCCUCACAUAACAAAGGAACUUCAGGAUUUGUGUCCAAGUCCAUGUUGGUGGUUGAGGUAAACCGGAAGAACAUUAAACCGCUCAGGAGAUGUGUGGCGGCACAGGGAAGACCACAAAGCAGCCCGGGAGCUGGCAAGACUCAGCCAGAUGUGUGAGUGAUGCUGUUCCUGGUGCUGGGAAGAUUUACAGGGUGCUUUUAUGCUCAAAGAUUAAAAAACACGCCGUCGUAGACAGGAGCACUGACCACACGGAACUCAACAACAGUUGGUCAUGUUCGGAGUUUGACCUGAAUGAGAUUCGCCUGAUAGUUUACCAGGACUGUGAAAGGAGAGGCAGACAAGUCUUGUUUGACUCUAAAGCUGUUCAAAAGAUUGAAGAGGUGACAGCUCAGAAAACAGAAGAUAUCCCUAUUAAAAUAUCAGCCAAGUGCUGCCAGGGGAGCAGCAGUGUCAGCAGCAGCGUCAGCAGCAGCAGCAGCAGCCUCAUCUCUUCCCACAGUUCUUCCGGGGGAUCUUCACACCAUGUGAAGGAGCCGCUUCCAAAGUACCAGUACACAAGACCAGCUUCUGAUGUCAACAUGUUGGGGGAAAUGAUGUUUGGCUCAGUUGCAAUGAGUUACAAAGGCUCCACCUUAAAGAUACACUACAUCCGUUCUCCUCCACAACUGAUGAUUAGUAAAGUCUUCUCUGCUAGAAUGGGCAGCUUCUGUGGAAGUACAAAUAACUUGCAAGACAGCUUUGAGUACAUCAACCAAGAUCCUAAUUUGGGAAAACUGAACACAAAUCAGAAUAGUUUGGGUCCUUGUCGUACUGCAAGUAACCUAGGUCUGCUACAAGCAUGCAGCAGCAAACUGCUGCAGGGGGUAGCUGAAGGAGGACCUCUCCGGCUCACCCGGAGUGCUUCUUUCUUUGCAGCACACAGCACACCAGUUGAUAUGCCAAGCAGAGGACAGAAUGAAGACAGGGACAGUGGCAUUGCUCGAUCAGCCUCACUAAGCAGUCUUUUGAUCACACCUUUCCCAUCUCCAAGCUCCUCUACAUCUUCUUCCAGCAGUUACCAGCGCCGCUGGCUUCGAAGUCAGACAACAAGUUUGGAAAAUGGCAUCUUUCCAAGGAGGUCAACUGAUGAGACAUUCAGCUUGGCUGAAGAAACCUGUAGUUCUAAUCCAGCUAUGGUUAGGAGGAAGAAAAUUGCUAUAAGUAUCAUCUUUUCCCUAUGUGAGAAAGAAGAAGCACAAGGGAAUUUCCAGGACUUCUUUUUUUCUCAUUUUCCCCUGUUUGAAUCUCACAUGAACAGGCUGAAGAGUGCAAUUGAAAAGGCUAUGAUCUCCUGUAGGAAAAUAGCAGAAUCAAGCCUCCGAGUCCAGUUUUACGUCAGCCGAUUGAUGGAAGCUCUGGGAGAAUUCAGAGGAACUAUCUGGAACUUAUAUUCUGUUCCAAGGAUAGCUGAACCGGUAUGGCUUACCAUGAUGUCCAGCACUUUGGAAAAAAACCAGCUCUGCCAGCGCUUCCUCAAGGAGUUUACACUUCUGAUAGAACAGAUCAAUAAAAACCAGUUUUUUGCUGCCUUACUGACUGCGGUGUUAACCUACCACCUGGCCUGGGUCCCAACGGUCAUGCCUGUGGAUCACCCUCCCAUUAAAGCCUUCUCAGAGAAACGUACCUCCCAGUCAGUGAACAUGCUGGCCAAAACACAUCCAUAUAAUCCUCUCUGGGCACAGCUGGGUGAUCUUUACGGAGCCAUAGGCUCUCCAGUGAGACUGACUCGCACCGUGGUGGUAGGGAAGCAGAAGGACUUGGUCCAACGAAUACUUUAUGUCCUGACCUACUUUCUCCGUUGCUCUGAGCUACAAGAAAACCAGCUGACCUGGAGUGGCAAUCACGGUGAAGGUGACCAAGUUUUAAACGGGAGCAAGAUCAUGACAGCCUUGGAGAAAGGAGAGGUGGAGGAGUCUGAGUAUGUGGUCGUUACGGUGAGGAACGAGCCUGCUCUUGUACCCCCCAUCCUACCACCAACAGCAGCAGAAAGACAGAAGCCCUGGCCGGCAGAGUUUCCUGAGAGCCCAGAGGGCACUGACAGUAGAGACCCGAGUCUUAAACCUGACAAAGAAGCUCACAGGAGGCCGGAGCAGGGUUCUGAGGCUUGUAGCACAGGGUACCAGGAGCCAGCAUUGGAUGGCUCCUGGAAACCUCAGAAUGGCUUUUGUGGGGAUGAAAAAAAUAAAGAGGCACCACAAGAUGGCUCUUCAAGACUUUCCAGCUGUGCAGCUCUGGGGGCAGGAAUGAAGCUGAACCAGCAAGCUGUCUGUGAGCUAUGUAAAGUGGAGAUGCCUACAAGACUGCCAGACCGGUCAGUGGCCUGGCCUUGCCCUGACAGACAUCUCCGGGAGAAACCUCCCUUAGAAAAGGUCACUUUCCAGAUCGGGAGCUCCGCAUCUCCAGAGUCUGACUUGGAAAGCCGCAUGAAAAAAAUGGAGGAACGGAUGAAGGCCUGUGACCCCUCGCUAGAGGCCAGGGCAGCCACUGAUGUGGCUCAGGACCCGCAGGUUUCUGGGAGCCCUUUCAACCCUGGCUUUCAAGAGAGCAUCUGCUGCCCUCAGAAUCAGCCUUUGGAGGGGGAUGAAGGCGAGUCUGACAAAGGUUUUGCAGAGGACAGGGGCCGCAGAAACGAAGCGGCGGCUCAUGCUGCAGGGCAGCUCAGCCAUGCUGCCAACUCGGACGCAGCCCCUGCCACUGCGGCAGGAACCGGAGGGAGGAGGCUGGAGGCAGCUAGAGGUUUGUAUGUGAAGGCUGCGGAAGGACCUGUGCUGGAGCCUGUUGCCCCCAGGUGUGUCCAGCGGGGCCCUGGCCUGGCGGCUGCUGCAAAUAUCCCCUGUGGGGAUGCCAACAAGAAGGCCAACUUCAGGACUGAAGGAGACAUUCCCCGAAAUGAAAGCUCGGAUAGCGCCCUGGGAGACAGUGACGACGAAGCCUGCACUUCCGCCACGCUGGACCUGGGUCCCGGUGCUGACAGGACUGGGGGGUCCUCGGAAGUGGAGCUGCCUCUGCCAAGGUCUCAGAGCGUCAGCACUCAGAAUGUAAGGAACUUUGGCCGCUCCCUUCUGGCGGGCUACUGCCCCACAUACAUGCCCGAUCUUGUGCUUCACGGGACCAGCAGUGACGAGAAGCUGAAACAGUGCCUGGUGGCCGACCUCGUCCACACAGUCCACCAUCCAGUGUUGGAUGAGCCAAUAGCCGAAGCCGUCUGUAUUAUCGCAGACACGGAUAAAUGGAGUGUGCAGGUAGCUACAAGUCAGAGGAAAGUGACGGACAACAUGAAACUAGGCCAGGAUGUCCUGGUCUCUAGUCAGGUGUCCAGUUUGCUUCAGUCCAUCUUACAGCUCUACAAGCUUCACCUCCCUGCUGAUUUUUGCAUCAUGCAUCUUGAAGACAGACUACAGGAGAUGUACCUUAAAAGCAAAAUGCUGUCUGAAUAUCUCCGGGGACACACGCGAGUCCAUGUGAAAGAAUUAGGUGUCGUACUGGGGAUUGAAUCCAACGACCUGCCUCUGUUGACUGCUAUUGCCAGUACUCAUUCUCCUUAUGUGGCUCAAAUACUCUUAUAAGCUAAAGCUCAGGAUAGUUCUUCCUUGGAAGAAAAAAAUCAAAUUCUCAACGGAAGGAGAAAGGAAUAAGCUCUCUGUGAUGUCAAAAGCAUGAGAAGAGCAAACAGAAACAGUCAUUCCACCUUUCUGUUUUGUGUUUUUGCUGUCAAGCUGAUGCUUCAUUGAAGACUUAGGUUUACUUGACAUAAUGGCAUUUGUGAUUGUCUUGAACACUUCAGGCCAUUUGCUACCCAUGAAUCAACAAAGAGACCUUUUUGGUAGAAGGAAACAUAAGCACUACACUAAACACUAAGCUAUUGGGACAGAUUGCCUUGUGCUGUUUGGGCAGAAUAAGGACAAGUGACUUGAGCGGGGAGGUCGACAGUGUACAUAACAUUCCAGUAGGAAACUGCUUCCAGGUUUGAGCAUGAGCUCCCCAAACUGGAGAAAACAUACUUUGCUAUUCUUAGACGUCUGUCAGAACACAGACUUUGGAUUCCAGGUCAGAGUUUGCCUUUUACACAAGGUGAAAUGAAGAAAGCCACACUGUGCCAUCUUCAGCUCCAGUGGCGGUAGCAGUGACUAUUUGACAUAAAACAUGUAAAAGAAUUGCCUGUUGGGAAGAGUGCUUUAGGGACCCACUGUUUUCAUUUCUUCUUGGAGUUUACCUUGUUUCAGAUGCUGCCACAGGUAGGUCAGAGAUAGAUUGUUGGUGCAAUAAACCCAAGAAUCAAUGUAGCCUCUUAAUCCCAUCAAGAUGUAGUUUGUAGCAGCAAAGUGUACAGUCUGAAACCACAUGUUUUAUCCUUAUAUUUUAGAGCUUUCAGCAGCCUUUUUAAGAGAGGCCAUUUACCAAAGUUAUUUCUAUAAGCUCAAGAGUGUUUCUGUUGGUAAGUUCUUCCAGCUGAAGCCACUUUUUUCUUAUAGCUAAUACAAAUAACUAUUUACACUUUAAAAGGCACAGCUGUCCUGGUGGGAAAGGAAACCUGCAACAGUUCAGGAUGACUAAUGAAAACAAUUAGCUUGAACAUGUAGAAAAAAUCCAUAUAUGAUCUCAAUUUUUACAUUAUCAUUUCUGUGCCUUCUAAUUCCUACGUCCUUUUCAAAACAUUUUUCCAGAAAUUAACUUACGCAUUGUAUAAAACCUACCAAAAUGAAUUAUUUCCCCAAAAAAAAAUCUGUUAAUAUAAAAGAAAGUUUAGUUUACUGACCGCGAAACAGACUAUGUACUGAUAUCCAGGGUAAAGUAAAAGACUUUAAAAAAUUGGCCAUUAAAAGGAGCUAAUCUAGCAAAGCUAAACAUCGUUAGCACUUUGCGGUUCUUGAAUAGGCUCCGAUUCCCUUCCACUGUUUUAUGAAUUCCAGUUCUUUUCAUGUAUCUUUGUACCUAAGAAAUGUGAAGUAACUUCCCUAUUAGGGACUAGAAUGACUUCAAUUUUUUUAUUUGAUAAAAAUCAGAACUGCUACCUUUCCCCCUUUUUU